CCCACAGGGAAACAUGGACCACCAGGCGGUCCCUCUAACAUCUUAAUACUUGGGGAUCCUACCAACUGUCCAGAACAAAUUCAUACUGUUCCUGAGGUCCAGACUAUAUACCCUGGAGAUGAAAUUUCUAUCUUCCUGACCUGCAUAGAACCUCCUUAUUAUUUAAAGGAACAGACUCCCGUGGCACAGGCCUUUUUACUUCCGAGUGACUGCCCAGAUCACGUUCCCCUCAACCCCAGCGCUAUGUGGACUCAGGUUGUGGGCUUCAGCAAGCCCAUCUGCAGCCUGUUGUGUUAUGGGGAAAGGAUUCAGCACCCAGGAAUGACAGACACUGGAGCAGAUGUUACCAUCAUCACCCGCUCCGAGUGGCCAGACAAUUGGGAAUUACAACCUGUAGCAGGCAUGAUUUCAGGAAUUGGAGGGAUGACAGCUUCCAUGAAGAGCAAACGGAAUAUUGUCAUGGAAGGACCUGAGGGACAAAUGGCAACCAUCAGGCCAUUUGUGGUGAGAGCACCAAUCACCCUCUGGGGACGGGAUCUCCUGUCCCAAUGGGGGGCUUCUCUGCGGAUUCCCAGCAGGGAUUUUUAGUCGGGGUCACUGAGAAGCGCGCCAUGCCUACCAUCCCCCAACUCACCUGGAAACAGCACCACCCAGUGUGGGUUGAUCAGUGGCCCCUAUCUGAGACCAAACUGUGCGCACUGGAAGCCCUCGUGGAAGAGCAGCUUGCCAAGGGCCACAUCACUGAGUCCAACAGCCCUUGGAACUCCCCUGUCUUUGUCCUACGCAAACCAGGCAAGGACAAGUGGAGACUCCUUCAUGACCUCCAAAAGAUCAAUGAUGUCAUUGAGGACAUGGGAUCCCUUCAGCCUGGCAUGCCCUCCCCUUCAAUGCUUCCUCGGGAUUGGAAGCUGGCUGUCAUUGACAUCAAGGACUGUUUUUUCAACAUACCCCUCCAUCCUUGGGACGCCCCCAGAUUUGCAUUCUCGGUUCCCUCUCCAAACAGACAAGCACCUUUAAAAAGAUACCAUUGGCUAGUCCUUCCCCAAGGGAUGAAAAAUUCUCCUACCAUCUGCCAAUGGUACGUGGCCCACAUCCUGUCACCUGUGAGGACCCUGUUCCCAGAUGCCGUCAUCCUCCACUACAUGGAUGACAUCCUGGUUUGUGCUGCUGACGAUGACUAUCUGCACCGGACUUUACAAAAAACUAUCCAGACAAUUGAGUACGCUGGAUUUGAGAUCCGUGAGGACAAGAUCCAGCACACCUGCCCUUGGACCUACCUAGGACUCCAGAUCCACGAGUGAACCAUUGUGCCCCAGCAGCUGA